CUUUCCGAUCGGCCGUUCUGCCUGGAGGAGCCCAGGGCCGUAGGCAGCCAUGGCGCCCAGCCGGAAUGGCAUGAUCCUGAAGCCGCACUUCCACAAGGAUUGGCAGCGGCGUGUGGCCACGUGGUUCAACCAGCCGGCGCGGAAGAUCCGCAGACGCAAGGCCCGCCAGGCGAAGGCCCGCCGCAUCGCCCCGCGCCCCGCAUCCGGACCCAUCCGGCCCAUCGUGCGCUGCCCUACAGUGCGGUAUCACACCAAGGUCCGAGCUGGCAGGGGCUUCAGCUUGGAGGAGCUGCGGGUGGCUGGCAUCCACAAGAAGGUGGCUCGGACCAUUGGGAUCUCCGUGGAUCCACGGAGGCGGAACAAGUCCACCGAGUCCCUGCAGGCCAACGUGCAGCGGCUCAAGGAGUACCGCUCCAAGCUCAUCCUCUUCCCCCGCAAGCCCUCCGCCCCCAAGAAGGGAGACAGCUCUGCCGAGGAACUCAAACUGGCCACUCAGUUGACCGGACCGGUGAUGCCCAUACGGAACGUCUUUAAGAAGGAGAAAGCCCGAGUCAUCACCCAGGAAGAGAAAGACUUCAAGGCGUUUGCCAGUCUCCGCAUGGCUCGUGCCAAUGCCCGGCUCUUCGGGAUCCGUGCAAAGAGGGCCAAGGAGGCUGCAGAGCAAGACGUGGAGAAGAAAAAGUAAAUGCUGUCAUCGGGGACUUUCAAU